AAUGCCGGUGCCCAUCAUGUGCGGCCACCAGACGGAGAGGGAUCUCUCGAGGGACGGCAGCCAUUACAGCCUGUCCAGCGGAAUCCUUCCCUCCCUCGGCGCCCGGAGCAAUCGCAGGGUCAAGCUUCGCUCCUCCAUCGUCUCCCCUUACGAUCGAAGAUACAGAACCUGGGAGACAUUCUUGAUCGUACUGGUCAUCUACUCGGCUUGGGUGUCUCCGUUCGAGUUCGGAUUCCUCGACAACUCAAAGGGAUCUCUGGCCCUGGCGGAUAACAUCGUCAACGCGUUCUUCGCCGUCGACAUCGUUCUGACCUUCUUCGUGGCCUACCUCAAUAGAACGACUUACCUGCUCGUCGACGAUCAUAAGAAAAUAGCAGUGCGGUACUUGACCACCUGGUUUAUCCUCGAUGUCGCCUCCACGAUCCCUUCGGAGAUCGCUCUCAGAAUUCUGCCUUCCAGUCUCCGAUCUUAUGGAUUCUUCAACAUGCUUCGGCUUUGGCGUCUCCGAAGAGUCAGUGCACUAUUCGCUCGGCUGGAGAAAGAUAGGAGCUUCAAUUACUUCUGGGUUCGGUGCGCAAAGCUCAUAUGCGUGACACUAUUUGCCGUUCACUGUGCCGGCUGCUUCUAUUAUCUGCUCGCCGCAAGGUAUCAUGAUCCCAGCGGAACCUGGAUCGGGGCUUCCAUGGCCGACUUCCUCGAGCGAAGCUUGUGGGACCGAUAUGUGACUUCCAUGUACUGGUCGAUCACCACCCUCACGACCGUCGGCUACGGAGACCUGCACGCCGAAAACACACGGGAGAUGAUCUUUGCCACCAUUUACAUGCUCUUUAACCUCGGAUUGACGGCCUACCUGAUCGGAAAUAUGACUAAUUUGGUUGUUCAUGGCACCAGCAGAACUCGAAGAUACAGGGACACGAUUCAAGCGGCAACGGGGUUUGCACAAAGAAACCAGAUCCCAGAACGGCUGCAAGAACAAAUGAUCUCCCAUCUCAGUUUGAAGUUUCGGACCGACUCAGAAGGGCUUCAACAGCAAGAGAUUCUGGAUUCUCUUCCCAAAGCCAUCCGAUCCAGCAUUUCUCACUAUCUGUUUUACUCCCUCGUUCAACAGGUGUACUUGUUCCGAGGAGUUUCUCAUGAUCUGCUGUUUCAGCUGGUCUCUGAGAUGAAAGGCGAAUACUUUCCCCCAAGGGAGGAUGUGAUCUUGCAGAACGAAGCACCUACAGACUUUUACAUACUAGUGACCGGCAGCGCGGAGCUAAUCGAUCACAGGAGCGGAAGUGAAGAGAUUGUUCGGGUGGCGAAGAAAGGCGAUCUCGUGGGAGAGAUCGGAAUUCUCUGUUACAGGCCGCAACUGUUCACGGUGCGAACAAGAUCGCUGUGCCAGCUGCUGCGUCUGAACCGUACCGUAUUCCUCAACCUCGUUCAGUCAAAUGUCGGCGAUGGAACCAUCAUCAUCAAUAACCUGCUUCAGUAUCUGAAGGAGCAAAUGGAUGAUCCUUUGAUGGAAGGACUCCUGAGAGACAUAGAGACCAUGUUGACCCGGGGCCGAUUGGAGUUGCCUCUUACUCUGUCUUUCGCCGUUGUCAGGGGAGACGACCUGUUGUUGCAUCAGCUUCUGAGACGCGGUUUGGAUCCGAGUGAGUCAGACAACAAUGGACACACAGCACUGCAUAUAGCAGCAUCCAAGGGCAAUGAGCACUGUGUUCGUCUCUUGCUAGAUUUUGGGGCAGAUCCCAACAGUCUAGAUUCGGAGGGAAGCGUUCCAUUAUGGGAAGCUAUAUUGGGGAAGCACGAGCAGGUGGUGAAGCUGCUGAUAGACAACGGUGCACACCUCUCCGCCGGCGACAUGGGCCACUUCGCCUGCACGGCCGCCGCACAGAACAACAUAGAGCUGCUGGAGGACAUCAUCCGGCACGGGGGCGACGUCACGGCGGAGAAGAAGGACGGGAGCACCGCGCUCCAUCGAGCCGUCUGCGAAGGGAACCCCCGACUGGCGGAGUUCCUGAUCCAACAUGGUGCCGACAUGGACAAGCCCGACCACCACGGCUGGACUCCCAGGAGCCUGGCGGAUCAGCAAGGGCACGACGAGAUCAAAGCUCUCUUCGAUGUUGUGAAAGCCGAGGAACCCAACUCCGGCUCACCUCUCCCCGCGCCGGUGCGGAGAUUCAGCAGCGAGCCCAUCAUGCCGCCGGCGGUAGGCGACGAUAUUAGACCGUCGUCGUCGUCGCCGUUCGGGGCGCUGGAGAAGAGCGAGCGGGCACGGCGGGAAAACUUCCACAACUCGCUGUUUGGGAUCAUAUCGGCUGCCAGCUUCAGCAACAGGCAGAGCCACAGCGGCCUGCUGUCAUCUGUUGCUGGUCCGCCGAGGCAUAUGUUCGGCGGCGGCGGCGGUCAACAACAACAGCGCACGAAUCUCCAGCGGGUGACGAUCAGCUGCCCCGAGAGAGGCGACACCACCGCCAAGCUUGUGCUGCUGCCGGAUUCGCUGCAUGAGCUGCUCGACAUCGGGUCGAAGAAGUUUGGCUUCUUAGCGAGCAAAGCGUUCACCAAGGACGGGGCGGAGAUCGACGACGUGAAGCUGAUAAGAGACGGAGAUCAUAUCGUCGUCGCCGGGGAUGAUAGCGACGGAAUCAGCGCCCAUGGUUCAGAGAGAUUGUCUCAGUCGACGUAAACAAGAAGACGAAGGCUGGAGAUUUAUGGGAUCUCACUUCUUUCGCUUGGGUAGGAAAGCGAGAGAAAUCGAACGCCAAGGCCAAAUCAUUAGUCAUAUGAAUUUGCAUAUUUGUCCCUCCUUAUAAAUUCUUGUAAAUUUAUCCAUUAGCCAUAUUAGU